CGCCCGGACUUGCGGACCGACUGCGCGGAGCGAGGUGGCAGAAGGCAGGGCGCGCGGCCAAGGUGCCCAGCUCCCGGGGUUGCCUGCAGGGUGGGGCCGUCUUCGCGGCCGCUCCCUCUCCGCGCCUGCCCCAUCCCCAAAGAGGACACCCCUCCUCCCGCCGGCCCGCUCCCCACCCUCCGCGGCGCCGCCUCCCCCGCCGCCCGCCCGCGCUGGCCCAGAGCCGCCCAGGCAGCCAGCUAGCGAGGGAAGCUCUCUGGGAUGGGAGUUGGAGGAAGCGGCGAAGGAGGAGACAGCGGUAGCGGCUCGGGCUUCUUCCUCGGCUCCCGCGAGCGAUCCCGGAGGAGAGCCGUGGCUCUCGGAGCGGCGAGGAGGCCAGCGAGGAGGACCCAGGCGGCUGCGCCCUAGUCUCGCUUCCCAGGCGCGGGCUGCAGCAGCUGCAGCCUUGUCCCUCAUCCUCUUCUUGAAGAUGGAAAAGAUGCUGGUGGGCUGCUUUCUGCUGGUCCUUGGGCAGAUCCUGCUCCUCCCCGCUGAGGCCAGGGGACGGCUUCCUUCCAGGUCCAUCUCCAAAGCGAGACACGCGAGGACGCACCCUCAGACGGCCCUCCUGGAGAGCUCUUGUGAGAACAAGCGGGCGGACCUGGUUUUCAUCAUCGACAGCUCCCGCAGCGUCCACACCCACGACUACGCAAAGGUCAAGGAGUUCCUGGUGGACAUCUUGCAGUUCUUGGACAUCGGCCCCGAUGUCACCCGCGUGGGCCUGCUGCAGUACGGCAGCACCGUCAAGAACGAAUUCUCCCUCAAGACCUUCAAGAGGAAGUCGGAGGUGGAGCGCGCCAUCAAGAGGAUGCGGCACUUGUCCACGGGCACCAUGACCGGGCUGGCCAUCCAGUACGCCCUGAACAUCGCCUUCUCGGAAGCAGAGGGCGCCCGGCCCCUGCGGGAGAACGUGCCGCGGGUCAUCAUGAUCGUGACGGACGGGCGGCCCCAGGACUCGGUGGCCGAGGUGGCUGCCAAGGCCCGGAACACGGGCAUCCUGAUCUUUGCCAUCGGCGUGGGCCAAGUGGACUUCAACACCCUGAAGGCCAUCGGGAGCGAGCCCCACGAGGACCACGUCUUCCUGGUGGCCAACUUCAGCCAGAUGGAGUCGCUGACCUCCGUGUUCCAGACCAAGCUGUGCACGGUCCACAUGUGCAGCAUCCUGGAGCACAACUGCGCCCACUUCUGCAUCAAUACCCCUGGCUCGUACGUCUGCAGGUGCAAACAAGGCUACAUCCUCAACUCGGAUCAGACGACUUGCAGAAUCCAGGAUCUGUGCGCGGCAGAGGACCACGGCUGCGAGCAACUCUGCGUGAACCUGCUGGGCUCCUUUGUGUGCCAGUGCUACGGCGGCUACACCCUGGCCGAGGACGGGAAACGGUGCGUGGCUGUGGACUACUGUGCCUCAGAAAACCACGGAUGUGAACACGAGUGUGUAAAUGCUGACACCUCCUACGUCUGCCGGUGCCCUAAAGGAUUUGCUCUGAACCCAGAUAAGAAAACAUGUGCAAAAAUAGACUACUGCGCGUCACCUAACCACGGCUGCCAGCACGAGUGUGUCAACACAGAUGAUUCCUACUCCUGCCGCUGCCUAAAAGGCUUUACCCUGAAUCCAGAUCAGAAAACCUGCAGAAGGAUCAAUUACUGUGCGCUGAACAAACCGGGCUGUGAGCACGAAUGCAUCAACACGGAGGAGGGCCACUACUGCCGCUGUCGCCGGGGCUACACGCUGGACCCCAACGGCAAGACCUGCAGCCGGGUGGAUCACUGCGCGGAGCAAGACCACGGCUGCGAGCAGCUGUGUCUGAACACCGAAGACUCCUUCGUGUGCCAGUGCUCAGAAGGCUUCCUCAUCAACGAGGACCUCAAGACCUGCUCCCGGGUGGAUUACUGCCUGCUGAGCGACCACGGUUGCGAAUACUCCUGCGUCAACACGGACAGAUCCUUCGCCUGCCAGUGUCCUGAGGGGCAUGUGCUCCGCAGUGAUGGCAAGACCUGUGCCAAAUUGGACUCUUGUGCUUUGGGGAACCAUGGUUGUGAACAUUCGUGUGUAAGCAGGGGGAGCUCUUUCGUGUGCCGAUGCUUUGAAGGGUAUAUACUCCGUGAAGAUGGGAAAACCUGCAGAAGGAAAGAUGUCUGCCAAGCAGUAGACCAUGGCUGUGAACACAUUUGUGUGAGCGGCGACGAGUCCUACACCUGCAGGUGUUUGGAGGGAUUCCGGCUUGCCGAGGAUGGGAAACACUGCAGAAGGAAGGAUGUCUGCAAAUCAACCCACCACGGCUGUGAGCACAUGUGUGUUAAUCGUGGCAAUUCCUACAUCUGCAAAUGCUCAGAGGGAUUUAUUCUAGCCGAGGAUGGAAGACGGUGCAAGAGAUGCACUGAAGGCCCAGUUGACCUGGUCUUUGUGAUCGAUGGGUCCAAGAGCCUUGGUGAAGAGAAUUUUGAGAUUGUGAAGCAGUUUGUCACUGGAAUUAUAGAUUCUUUGACGAUUUCCCCCAAAGCCGCUCGAGUGGGGCUGCUCCAGUAUUCCACACAGGUCCGCACAGAGUUUACCCUGAGAAACUUCGGCUCUGCCAAAGACAUGAAAAAAGCUGUGGCCUCCAUGAAAUACAUGGGCAAGGGCUCUAUGACCGGGCUGGCCCUGAAACACAUGUUUGAAAGAAGUUUUACCCAAAUAGAAGGGGCCAGGCCUCUCUCCGCACGGGUGCCAAGAGUGGCCAUCGUGUUCACAGACGGACGGGCUCAGGAUGACGUCUCCGAGUGGGCCAGUAAAGCCAAGGCCAAUGGUAUAACUAUGUAUGCUGUUGGGGUAGGAAAAGCCAUUGAGGAAGAACUACAAGAAAUCGCCUCUGAACCCACAGACAAGCAUCUCUUCUAUGCCGAAGACUUCAGCAUAAUGGGCGAGAUAAGUGACAAACUACAGAAAGGCAUAUGUGAAGCUCUCGAAGACUCUGAUGGAAGACAGGAUUCCCCUGCAGGGGAACUGCCAAAGAGGGUCCACCAACCAACAGUGCAACACAGGUAUCUGUUUGAAGAAGACAAUCUUGCACGGUCUACACAAAAACUUUUCCAUUCGACAAAAUCUUCAGGAAGUCCCUUGGGAGAAAAACACGAUCAAUGCAAAUGUGAAAACCUUAUAAUGUUCCAGAACCUUGCAAAUGAAGAAGUAAGAAAAUUAACGCAGCGCCUAGAAGAAAUGACACAGAGAAUGGAAGCCCUGGAAAAUCGCCUGAGAUACAGAUGAAGACUCAAACUGCUCUGUGCAUUUAUAUGUCAUUUUGUCAAGGAUUAUGAUGAAACCAGUUCAGAGCUCUAGAGGCUCAGGCUAUCAUUAAUUAUGUAACGUUGUAAAGUAAAACAUAACAAGUAAUGAGAAAGCUGGUUUACUAUAGAACAAAGGCAAAAGUAGACAUUACUCUAUAAAUCUACUCAGAAAAAAAAGUCUUUCAGAAUCUUGAAAUAAAGUUUACCAAGUGAGAACAAAUAAGCUAUGCAAGAUAGUCUGUAACAUACUGUGGACACAAUUUGCUUUUGCCUUGUACUGCCUUAGUGUUGCCAUCUCAUUUGACUACAAAAUAAAGUUUGCACAGUCUUACUUCCAUAGAACACUGGCCAUGGGAAAGCUAUUUUUUUGUAUUGGACUUAACAUUGAUAUAUGUAUAUGGAUGUAUGCAUAAAAUCACAGAACAUAUGUACUUGUAUAACAAGUUGGAUUUUUUAUACAAUAUUAAAAUUCACUUCAAAGAAUGA